GCAGCCAACCCCGUCCUUCAGUCCACACCAUUAGCAACAACCCUUUUCGUCACCCCACCCCACGCCCACACGACGUCGUUACGGUCGCUGACGCAGCUAGAUGCUAACGGAAAUGCUAACGACUGAUCGAGACCUGCCCGUGAUUCAAAUGCUUUCACGAGGCUAGUUGUGUCAAAUCCUACCUGCGAGGGAGCACACUCCCUCAUUCCUCUCUAACCAACGCCUAUACCAGUAAGAGCCCGCGGUGGAGGCUGCUGGGAUUACAAUCGUCUCUCAUCUCUGAAACUCCCCCUUCCAACUCCAAUUUCACUCACAUUGGUUCAUAUCCAUGGAAGAUGAAGCUCAGAAAAUGAUGGCCCUGAAGAAGGCCUACGCGAACAUUAUUCUGAACACGGCAAAAGAGGCGGCGGCCAGGAUAAUGACGUCAGAACGCAGAGCUGCUCAGUUUCAACAGGAACUUACUUCGACAAAAGACGAGGCCCUUCGGAUGCUAGUCCGCUUGAAGCAGAUGAUCGACGCCAAGACAGCAGAAGCAGAGAUGACAUCCUUGAAUAACCAAAGAAAAAUUGAAGAGCUUGAAGCACAACUCAAUGAGGCGGAGGAUGUUAUAACAGAUCUUAGGGCAGAGCUGAAACAGGUUUGGCUUGAGUUAGAGAAAACAAAGAAUAGUCGAAAUCAGUUACAGAUUAAAGAGCAAGUGGCAUCCGUUGAGUCAGAGAAAACAAUGAAUACUCAGAAUCAGUUACUCGAAGAACAAAUUAAAAAACUAGCAGCGUCUGUUGAGGAGAAUGCUAAACAAGACGUGACAUUACCCGUUCCUAUCCAAGGACAUGAAUAUGCAACACCUUGUGAUGUGAAGAAUGCGCCCUUGAAUCAGAAUGUUCUAGAUGAUAAGUGCUGUAAUGCAAGGAAACAAACUGAGCUUUGCUGCAUCUCUAAUUUGGAGGACUAUUGUGCUCAUAAUUCUAACCUUGCUUCCAUCAUUAUGAGGGGCAAAGAACCUGAACUGUACAAAAAUGGAUGUACUCAGAGAAUUCGUGCAUUGGAAGGAAAAUUGCUGAAUGAUAAGCUGCUCACUCAAGAUGAACAAAAUGGACAUUUUGAUGUAAAUAGUGGGUUUGCCAUCAGAGACAGUGACAAGGAAGUUGCAAAAUAUAGUACCCUAUCCUCCAGUAACAAGAAAAGGAAAAUAACGAAGCACGUGAAGCGGCAUGGAAUACAAAAGGGAAAGACUUUUUCCUAUCUCAGGUCAUGCUUUAUUCCCUGUUGUAAAGGACACAUUGACGAAGACUACAAAUCUGAUAAAGUUGCUUGCUCUCUACCAUCUAUCAAGUCUUGUACCAUUAACAAAUCAAGAAGAACAAGAAGAUGUAGGCCUGUAAGAAAGAAAUCUUCCGUUCAUGAGUGUUGUAAACCAUCAUUUACUCUCAAGCAGUUCUCAUCUGUCUCAAAUAAUGACAAAUGUUGUGAAGAUGAAGAUGAGAGGAAGCCAGUGCCCCAUUUGACUGACAUGGAACCUGUGAAUGAGUCCAGCAGUGAUAAACCGAAUAUCAGGAUGGUUGGUAAGUUUGAAUUCGUGCAGGAGACUGCAGAGAGGGAUAAGGAGUCAUUAGAUGCAUGCAUUCUGGAGAAUGUGGCUGGGGACAGUGAAAUGAUAUUAGCUGAUCGAAGUGGUAACAUGGAAGCAGAGGUUACUGAUGUUUCAUGUACAAAUACUGAUUUGGAAGAUGCAAAAGCAUUUGAAGAAAAUAAUGAAUCUUCUGGUCAAGCAGAUGACAGAAAGCUUCUUAGGUACACCUUCUGUAGGAAACGAAAAAAGGAAUCCUUAGACAACCCUGAAGAAAAACAAAAUUCUGAGAAGAGCACAAUGAAGAGGAGGGUGGACGAGAAACAACAUGGUGCUUCUGAACCACAGAAAUCUAGCUUGAUGGAUGAAUCUUCAAGAGAUAGUCGGCGCCUUGCUCAGGUUGCUCGCCAGCUUAUAUCUUUGUCUGCAAAAAGGUGGUGAUUUAAAUGAGGAUGCUUGAGAUUGCAAGAGUCAAUUGCAAGUUUACAACAGACGUUAAACAGCCUCUUCUUGAAGUUGCCUCGUGUUCUUUCAGGACAUCAAAUACACGCAUCUGGUGGCAUCAAGGCGACACAUAAUAGAGUCUUACAGAUAUCUUGUAGGUUUAUCGUCUUUUUACCAGCUAUACACUUUGGCCAUCACAAUUUUUUCCUUCAAGUAUUGCUGUACUUACCCCUAUAUGCUAUGAUAUACCAUUUCACCUUGGAAAGGAAUGUUUUCCUUCUCUGAAGUGUCUGCAUUAUAAUGUAUAGACUGUAUAUGAAGAAAAGGCUCACAGCUAGUGUACUGAAACUUAACUUCCUCUUCAUAUGUCUCGCUUUCAACUUUUCC